UUCAGUGUGAAUAUUGAAUGCUGCUUGUUCCUACCAGUACGAAAUACUGUAUCAUCACUUCAACAAUACUUCAACAGGAAGUAGUACAUUACUACCUACAGUUCACAGCUAGCAGUAUUUUCUUCAGGACCUACGCGAAUCCAAGGCAAGAUAUUUCUCAAGUGCGACGACGGGUGUUUGUGUGAACCAGUGCUGCAAUCAUGUCCGAAGUUCGGGAGGGUAGCCACGCAGAGCUGGUCCGUUCCAAUCAGAAAGAUCUCACGUAUUUAUCUCAGCUCCGUUCAAUGGUGACUGACAUUGGACAGAAUGUGCUUGGCAUGCGCCAGGUGAUCCGAUGGCAGAAGGAGUUGACUCUCCUGGCUGAUCUGGGAUACUAUUCUCUCACGACUCUGUCCGGUUUUCAAACGCUUGGUGAGGAGUAUAGCGACAUCCUGCAGAUCGACAAGUCCACAACUCGUUUUGUUGUUCCCAACUUGCUACAACGGAUUGCCAUGAUCCUCUUCCACACGUUCACACCGUAUUUGCUGGAUAAAUGCUUGGCCCGGGCACAGAGCUAUCUGUCACGAGACAGCACGGCUGCAACUAUGCCGCAUAGUCGACGUGAGCUGCUGCUGAGGUUGAUUGCCUACGCAAGACCUGCUGUGGAAUGGCUGCACCGUUCUCAUCAGGUUCUUUUCUUCCUCAAUGGUGCUUUCUAUCAUCUGUCCAAGCGUCUUGCCGGUGUCAACUAUAUUGCUGUGCCGCGUGGUGUCACACCGCAGCACAGCGCCGUGCAGGGCUGGGCGAAAGCCUAUCGGCUGAUGGGCUACAUCAUGGCCGCUCAGCUGUUCAUCUCGGCUGCCUCUUGGCUCCGCUCGGUGUCAGCACAUAGUCAUUCUGCUACUAGUCUGUCACAAACCCCGGGUACACAGCCACCAUUCUCAGAUAGCAGCACCGAGUCGUCGACGGCAACCCCCAGUGCCAUACAGUGUUCUCUGUGCCUGUCGCCAUGUCAACACACCACGGCAACCGUGUGCGGUCACUUGUUCUGCUGGGCAUGCGUAGUCCAGGCAUGUUCUACUCAGCCGGAGUGCCCGCUGUGUCGUGAGCCCUGCCAGCCAUCUCAGCUCAUCUACCUGCGUGACUUCUUGCCAUCGUGAUGAUAGUCGGAUAGUGCUACAUGUGUGUGGGGACUGCUGUCAGCCGUUUGGAUUGGCCAUUCCAAGACUUCGCUGGAGCGCUCUCUUGCCAAAGUCUCCUGCCGGGCUGUCCACCGCAAGUACUUCCCAGACAACUGCCCGCGGCCAUGGCUGGUUAGGCUGGCUUUCUGUCGAGGUGUCUUACGGCAGCCCUCCCUGUCAACAGACCAGGAUGGGUGUUUCACAUUGAUUUUAUAAUCGGUUGCGGAAAUGAAGCGGAUUUUCGUGCUGGGAUGUUCCUGAGAGUUUUGUCUACGGGUGUGAUUUGUUCAAAAAAGGCCUGCUCUGUACAACCAGUCUCCACUGCACCGUGGAGAGAGGAGCUGGACAGCAGCUGCAAUGGAAGUCUUCAGCUGUGUCCAGCAUCACUACUGCCGUACCUUGCCAAUCACAGUGGCCGUGCUUUCAAAAGUGGCAUUGCAGCAGCAGCUACAUGACAUGCUCUCUACUGCACUGGUGGUAGGUCAGCAAGGAGAGAGCCACUCUGCACAAAAGUCCAUUGUGAUAAAAGGACAAAGAGAACAGCUUGCCAGCCUUGCACGGUACCUGUACCUGUAUCUGGGUAUGUACUGUCCAGAAUAGUAUUUACAUUGUAGUUCCCCUCCCCUGCCUUUGACCUGACCUGGCGUACUAACAUUAGUUAGUGGACAUGAUUUGUUCAUCCCCUCCCCUGCCUUUGACCUGACCCGGCAUACCAGAUAGUGGACAUGAUUUGUUCAUCCCCUCCCCUGCCUUUGACCUGACCCGGCAUACCAGAUAGUGGACAUGAUUUGUUCAUCCCCUCCCCUGCCUUUGACUUGACCCGGCAUACCAGAUAGUGGACAUGAUUUGUUCAUGUCCUUCCUGGAUUGAACACCCUUUUUGAACUGUUUUUGCAAAUGCUUUGUUUGUGGUAUUCAUUUUUACGACUUCGCACAAAUGAAUGGGUAUAUUUUAUGAAUGAUAGCUUGUGUUAGCCGGAGGACUCUCAUUUGUUGAAUGAUAUCUUGUAGUGGCAGAGCAUCUCAGGUCUAAUUGAAGGUCCCUGUUUCAAGUCCUGGAUCCUGGCGUUGAUAGUCAAUGGGUUCUUCAGACUUUUUAUAUAUUUUCAACUCACCUCAAGCCAUGAAUUUUAUUAGUUCCUGUUG